AUGGCGGGGAGAGCUGCUGCCCCGGGAAAGACCGGAGCCCCUUCCCCAGCAGCUGCCCCGCCCUCCCCGCCAGCCGGCUGCCCUAGAGCCCUCCCGCCGACCGACGGAGCGCCCUGCGAAGGCGGCGCUAGGCAAUCCCCGGCGGGCGCCCGCUUGCAGAAGGAGGCUCUCGGGAAGCGCCGCCCUCCCCGCCCCUCCUCUCCCCGGCCCUCCCCCCGCCAGGAGGGCUUUGCGGGCGAUUGCUAUGGCUGCGGAGGGGCCGAGCCGAGACGCGGGCAGAGCUCCAGCCGCCGCCGCCCCCAGACCCCUCGCAAGCGGCCGGCCCCGCCGGAGGGACCCCCGCCCACGCUCGACCCCCGCCGCCCGGAGGGGGCGGACCGGGCCGGCGGCGCUGCGCUGAAGGGAGCGGCCGGCGGAGCAGAGGUGAGGGCGGCGGACGGGCAGCGCGGGGGAGACGCCGACCCUUCCCCGACGGCCAUCCCGGCCCGCGGCCCGAGCCCACCGUCAGCCGGAGCCCCCCGAGAGCCCUCCAGCCGGCUUGGCGGCGGCUGCGGAGCCCGGAGGGUCGAUGCCCGGGGCGGGAAGAGGCGGCGGGGCUGCUGCGGGAAGAAGACCCCGGCCCAUCCCGCCUCGGCCGCGGGUGCUGAACGGACAGCCGGCUCCGGCCCCUCGGCCGCCCCCGGCCUUGGGGUGUCCCUGGGUGGGCGGAGCCCCGGUUGGGCUGAGGGUGGGUCGAACCCCCGGGCGCUGCAGCCCCCCCCCGCCCCCUCCCCACCGGAGCGGCCUCCUUCGCCUCCUCCGAGGCUGGCUAAGCGGAUCAGCGCAUAA